AUGCUCAAAUCAAUUAUCAGCCUGUCUAUGCUGUGGGUGGCUAGUAAUGCGUCCCACAGCAAUAUAACGGGCCCAACAGCCCGCGUCCGCAAUGGCACAUAUGUCGGGGCGAGGAAUGACCACUACCAGCAGGACUUCUUCCUGGGUAUGCCGUAUGCGCAGCAGCCAGUUGGUGAUCUGCGGUUUACAGUGCCGCAACCGUUGAACGAAAGCUGGGAUGGAGCGCGCAAUGCAAAGGAAUAUUCCGAUAUUUGUGUGGGAUAUGGUUCAGAUUCGAUCUGGUACGCGAUGUCCGAAGCGUGUCUUACUUUGAACGUUAUUCGAGGAUCAUCUGCGAAUGAGGCUGCCAAUCUCCCUGUUGGGGUUUGGAUUCACGGUGGCGGAUACUAUAUGGGUUCUGGAUCUGACGAGCGGUAUAACAUGUCUGCUAUUGUGGCGAACUCUUACAGGAUCGGCAAACCAUUCAUCGCUGUGUCCUUGAACUAUCGCCUCUCUGCAUGGGGCUUCUUGAGUUCGAGUGAAGUCACCCGUAGCGGAAACACUAAUCUCGGUCUCAGGGAUCAGAGAAUGGCCCUCCAGUGGAUCAAAGAAAACAUCCAGGCCUUCGGAGGCGAUCCAGACAAGGUCACGAUAUGGGGAGAGUCCGCAGGGGCAAUGUCCGUUGGGACCCAUCUUAUCGCAUACGGUGGCAGAGAUGACGGUCUCUUCCGCGGAGCUAUUAUGGAAUCGGGAGGAUCGAUAGCGGCCAAUCCAGUGAACGACACCGGCUAUCAGGCAAUGUAUGAUGAAGUGGUGGCGAAGGUCGGCUGCUCUAACGCCAACGAUACACUGCAAUGUUUGCGCGAGGUUCCAUUUGAGGAACUGAAUGCUGUUUUCAACGGCACCGAUGGCAAUCCAGCGUAUUUCUUCAGGCCUGCGGUUGACCAGGAUCUAGUCAGAGGCCCGGGAAGUGACCAACUGGAAAGGCAUGAGUUCGUCAAGGUGCCAAUCCUUGCAGGCACCAAUACCGACGAGGGGACUAGCUUUGGCCCCACGGGGAUCAAUUCGACAGCGCAAUUCUACGAAUAUCUCACAGACGGAACAUCCGGCUUCAGUCUCCCGCCAUCAGCAGCAAACCGGAUCCUCGAUCUCUACCCGGACGACCCAUCACUGGGAAUUCCGGAGUUUCUCGGCGCCCAACGAGUACCGUCGAAGGGUUACCAGUGGCGCCGGACAUCCGCCUACGCAGGGGACUACAUAAUGCAUGCGAACCGACGACGACAAUGCGAAGCCUGGACGAAGGCCGCAACCCCAGCCUAUUGCUACCGAUUCAACAUGCGCGGGGCGGACGUUCCGUAUCUCUCCGGUGCCGGCCAUUUUGAGGAAGUGGCCUUCGUGUUCAACAACAUCAAGGGGCUUGGGUAUCAUGACGGGAAGCCGUUCGAGGGGAUGCCCGAGUCGUACAGCCAGCUAAGCACGCUGAUGGCGAGCAUGUGGGCGUCUUUCAUCCACGACUUAGACCCAAAUUCGGGCAUCAAGGAUAGAGAGGUUCGCUGGCAGGCGUAUGGGGCGACCCAGCCGGUCGAUCUGGUGUUCGACGCGAAUGCCACGAGCUAUAUGGAGCCGGACACGUGGCGGAAGGAGGGGAUCGAUUAUAUUAAUUCGAUCGCGAAGACAUAUUGGCGGUAG